ACUCCCUUUUCUUUUUCUUCUAUUUAACUAAAUUAAAAAUCUCUCUCCGCCCGCCGCUCUCCCCCCAAAAAAAAACUAGGGUUGUAAAGGGGGUUUCACUCUUAUCCUCCGCCUAAAGAAGAAGAAGAUGAGCAACGAUAAUUUGAACAUGUCCGAUCUCACCGCCGCCCUUAACGUGGAGGAUCGUGCAGGCCUUGUCAAUGCUCUUAAGAACAAGUUGCAGAAUUUGGCUGGGCAACACUCGGAUGUCCUUGAGAACUUGACUCCCAUUGUCAGGAAGCGUGUCGAGGCUCUAAGAGAGAUUCAGAACCAACAUAAUGAAAUUGAAGCAAAGUUUUUCGAGGAAAAGGCAGCUCUUGAAGCUAAGUAUCAAAAGUUGUAUCAGCCUUUUUAUACCAAGCGGUAUGAGAUUGUGAACGGUGUGGUUGAAGUUGAAGGUGCACCUGAAGAAGAAGACAAAGCUGAUGAAGAGAAAGGAGUACCUGACUUCUGGCUUAUUGCACUCAAGAACAAUGAGAUAACUGCUGAGGAGAUAACCGAGCGAGAUGAAGGUGCUCUUAAGUAUCUUAAGGAUAUCAAGUGGAACAAGGUUGAAGAGCCUAAAGGGUUCAAGCUUGAGUUCUUCUUUGAUGAGAACCCUUACUUCAAGAACACUCUCUUGACCAAGACGUAUCACAUGAUUGAUGAAGAUGAGCCUAUCCUCGAGAAGGCUAUCGGGACGGAGAUUGAGUGGUAUCCUGGAAAAUGUUUGACUCAGAAGAUCCUUAAAAAGAAGCCAAAGAAGGGAUCCAAAAACACAAAGCCCAUCACUAAGACUGAGGAGUGUGAGAGCUUCUUUAACUUCUUCAGUCCACCUCAAGUUCCUGAGGACGACGAUGAUCUUGAUGAAGAAUUGGCUGAGGAACUCCAAGGUCGAAUGGAGCAGGACUAUGAUAUUGGAUCAACCAUUAAAGAGAAAAUUAUCUCGCAUGCUGUGUCAUGGUUCACUGGUGAAGCUGUUGACGAAGAUGACCUUGAGAUGGAUGAUGACGAGAUUGAUGAAGAAGAGGAUGAUGAGGAGGAAGAAGAGCAAGAUGAUGAAGAGGACGAGGAUGAUGAUGAUGAUGAUGAGGACGAAGAGGAAGAGCAAGGAAAGAAGUCAUCAACUGGGCACAAGAAGUCUGGAAGAAGUCAACUUGGGGAAGGUCAACAAGGUGAGAGGCCACCGGAGUGUAAGCAGCAGUGAGUAAACUUCUCAGGCGAAGAAGGAAGAAGAGUCGGGUCUUUUGUGUUUCUUAAUCUGCAGGUCGUGGUCUGGUUUGUAUGAUUAUUUUAUCAAGUUUUGGGUGGUGGUUUGCUAAAAAAAAGCUGGUUAUUUGGUUUGGUGUGUAUCUGAUUUUUCAUUUGCAAUGUGUUCUCUCAUGAACUGGUUUGAGCAAUAGUAUUUUGUCGUUUUUGUUCCAGAUUUAUAUAUUCUUUCAAGUUCUGUAAGUUGAUCGAA